AUGUUCUCUCGAGAAGGGUCGCUUAUACGCAAAAAGCAGAGACAAUGGGCUCAGGAAAAAGAAGAGAAGGAACGCGAGAAAGACUGGUUCCCUUUUGGAGCGAACAACAGCCCAGGGGGAGGCAACCCCGUGAGAAAACAUGAGGCUCGCGAUUAUUCCGACAACAAGAUGCAAUCAACUGGCAGAGUUCGAGAACUGAGUCCAACUCCCGUGCCUCUCCGCUGCCCAGCUGCUGGAAUCUCUACACUUGAAGCGAUUAGCUGCAAUAUGAAGGAAAAGGAAACGCAUGCUCCGACUGCUGCAACGGCUUCAAUGUCUCAACCUUACCCGAUGCAAAUGCCACCGUAUGUUUAUCCAAUGACACCGGAAUAUUGGCAGGCGUAUUCUACCAACCCUCAUCAAUUACACCUUGCCUACCCGCCAAUUCCGAUGCCUUACCAUAUGAUUCCACCUGGGGCAAUACCGAUUCCGCCACCAACGAUGAUGUGUAAUACACAAGAGGGAACGAUGCCAGCAACACCGAUAACUCCUUUUUAUACACCAGAACAAUGGAACGAUAUCAACAAACCAAAACUUCCGGCUACGGCAAUCGUCUAUCCGUUGCCAACUCCGAUUGUCAUGCCUGAAGAUCACAAAGUUCCUAGCUGCCAAAUUUCUCCGAUUCAACCGGUGUUUGUGGAUUUCCGACACGGCACCGCUUCUUCAUCAGAGUCCUCUAGACCGGACGCCUAUAUCACAGCACAAGUUGAGGAGAAACGACGACAACAAAGGGAACUUGAAGAAAAAGCGAGGGUUGAUGAGGAGAAAAUUAGGCAAAUUCGCGAGCACCAAGAACAACAGCAAUUUCUCGAGGAACAAAAGAAAUUGGAGGCUGAAAAAGAUGAGGAGUUGAAGAGGGAAAGGAUCUAUCAACAAGUACUAAACUCCAUUGAAAGAGCAAAAAGAGAUGCCGAGUUAACAAAAAAGGCAAAGAUUUACAAGCAUGUCAUGGAAGGUCAACCCGAUCAGGAAAAGGCGCUGCUUGGUGAAGACGGAUCGAGAAUACUGAAAGAGGUGAAUGCGAUGGAAAGGCAUCGGCAACUCGAAUUGGAACAAAUAGCACAUGCACGAUCACCAUCUAAAGAUGCGGAGAAUAAAAAUCGGCAUCAUGUCACAGUUCACCCAGAUAAUCGACCCAUUCGAUCGAUGAGCGAUCAAGCGACUUCACCAUUUGAACGAGGCACUGGAAGCAGAACAUCACUCCGGCAAUCACCCACUCAAAAGAGACCAUCAUUGGUUAAGCGAAGCAACAGUGCAGAAAGGAAUGAUACGUUCGUCAUUGCCAGCGGUCUCGUAAAGAAAUCGCCGAAUGGUGGUGAGCUGUCGACCCGUGAGAGCCGAAUCCCGAGAGCGGAUAAAUCACUGAUGAGAACAUCAAAAACGGCGAUCGACGACGAGCCUCGCAUGAAAGAAAUCGAAAUGAAAAUCGUCGACCAUUCCGAGCCUGAACCGCUCUCAGCCACCAUUUCGACUAGUUCAGCUGAAGGAACUUCGUCUCCAGUUGAAGUGAUGCUCAUUUCCGAGCCGGGCUAUUCAGAAGAACCAAUCGAAGUACAAUUACCAGCAGAAAGAUUUGCAAAUCGUCGCUCGAUCGAUGGUCCCUGGACAUCAACACCGAGAACAACUGCUGUCACCAAGCACACCUCAAGCAUUCGACAAUUGCCCGAAGAGCCGGCUCGUCGAGUGCUUCAACGACCCGCUGCCCUUGACCCGCGUCGAAAGUGCCCCAAUGAUGCCUUGAGAGGAUCAGUUGACAGCAAUGAUGCUUCUUCGUCCGGCUCGGCGAGUCCCUCAAGAGCUCAGUCACAACGCUCUCCAUCAAUUCCCUCAGUUAAUGUACAGGAUAGUGAUGCUGAAAAUCGUUUCGCCAGCAACAAUCAACAUGAUAAACUCUACUCGAUUUCACAAUCCCCAGUGGCUUCGUUGGGAAGAACUCGCUCUGGCACCAACAACACACCACUUUUCCAUAAACGACUCGGCGAGCUAGGAGCUGCGAAAAACCAAGAGUCUCAGGAUUCAAUGGCACCGGAAACCCGUCGCUUGGCCGAACAACGAUUCCCGUCAAUGGAACGACUGCGCUCAUCGAUGUUGAACUUGGCAUCAACGGAUGAUGCGACCAAAAACCGACCGGCUUCACCACUUUUGGAUCAAUUCAAGAGCCGGGCACCCCAGUACCGUUCGUUUACAUUGAAGAAGAACUCGGAGAAACAGGCGGCAAUCUUGGAACGCUUGAAUGCGAUGCGAGAACGACUUCAUGAAAAAGAUUCGCUUAAGGAUCGAACCACAAAUCUACUCCGUGUUGCAACACCGAAUUCCGCUCGUGGCCAAAGAACG